AUGAAGGAUGGCUUCCGAUCUGUAUCGAUUGAACCCUUUGAAACCUAUCUCGAUUUUCUGGGUCCGGCCACUACCGCCGACGCCAAUUCAUUUCUCGUGUUGAAAGGCGAAGCGCGAUUAUCCUUGUGCAAGUCAGUCAAAAUCCGAAGCAUGGUCGUCAAAUUCAAAGGUUACAGUACCGUGUGUUUGCAACACCAUCGACCCGUCGUCAAAGUGAGCACGCCACUGUUGCCAAAAUUGAAACGAUGUCUUUACGGCAAGACCACCCUUUCCGCAGGCAACCAUACCAUCCCCUGGGAUAUCGAUAUACCCAAUAUUUAUCCACGGAGUCUAUUGACCAAACGCGCCGCCAUCCAUUACAAAGUUGAAUUAUCCAUCUCGUACGGACUGAACAAAACCAUGGCGGCCGACUAUCCCAUUGUCCUGUGCCGGCAUCUGCUCCCUUCCAUCGAAAUGGCGCCCUUGAUAGAAACACGUGUUUACGAAAGCACGCUCCCUGCAAAAUUUCACUACGAAGUGCAAGUCCCUCAGAUCGUAUGCUUGGAACAACAGAUACUGCCAAUGUGCAUCAAAUACUUGUGUUUUGCGAAUCAGAAGCCCGUUCGAAGCAUCCGCACUCAGUUAAUACAGACGGAACUAUACAGGUGCCAUUCCAUUUCCAAAUCCUUAGCAGAUCUGCAGCACGGUCCCAGGCCCAUUCCCGACACCAGCGGGCACAACUACGCUCAGUACAUCAAACGAUCCGCUCCAGCCAUGAUUGCUACUGUCGAUAACCACGUCUCGGCAUGGAAACAACCUCUGGUGUUACGACUUCCUCUGAAUCAGUACCUGUCUGUCGGCAUCGAAUCCCCGCUCGUGGCUCUUUACCAUCAGCUGGAAGUAACCUUCCAAUUUGAGCACAAGUUUGAAAACAUUAAAGCCAAGAUACCCGUCAUGCUGGCCUCGGUCCCUCUGUCUCAACGAGGCAAUCUUAACCUUGCGAACCUUCCUGCAUCCUCCUAUCCAUUUGAAAUGGCAUCCCACAUACGACCCUUGACCGUCGAGCCUGAAUCGCGAUCCUCCAAAGGCCAGCAAUGGAGCGAAACCACGGCUUCCCAGAUGGUCGCCUUCAACCCGCCACCUGCCCAGAAACACAAUCAGCAGAGGCGCAGCUCGGCUCUGAAAAUCAGCGUGUCCAAUAUUGAUCUUCCUUUCUCGGAGCGAUCAGCGCUGUCCGACAGCGAGACCAAAUCUCUAAAAAAAUUUGCUUCUGCUUUUGAUUUGGGAGCCGUCCAGUCGGGAGAAGCAUCAUCCUUCAAGAACCGUCUACGAAGGAAAAUUCCCCCGCCCAUCGAUACCGAACUUGCCAACGGGGGUCGAUCGCAUGUCGCGGCGUUACUGCAAAUGAAACAUGCCAGAACGCAAAAGGAACCCGUUGCCUCGACGACUUCCCAAGUGACCAUGGUCGCCGGUCCUCACAGCAAGCUUGCAGAGUCAUCUAUACCCACGAACCAGAAUGUCACCCAUGCUUCCCAAACCGAACAUCAUCACGAAGCCUUUGAAACUACAUCCUUCCAAUCCGAAGCAUCUCUAUCAAGUCAUAAUGCACCGAGUCUCACAACUUCUCACACUUAUUCCACCCUCAACAUCAGUCGACAAACACUGCUACAGCAGCAGGCCCAUCAGCCCCGUUCGUCUUCGUUGGAUAUCCAUGGUUUGGAGAACUAUGGACUUGUCACCGAGGUUCAGAUACCAAAGGAGAGUCUGCCUGACAUGAUACCUCCUGGUAUCUUUAUCGAAUCGCCCGUGGGGCCAAUGUCCCCUUCCAUUGCAACCGUCGCGUCAUCCACCGUACUUUCUCCGCAUACCGUGUCAACGCUUCAAGCGCGUCUGGAACGACAAACAUCACUAUCCACUAAUCCUCGGUUCAACUCGCCUUCGCGUUCGCUUCAUGAAGACGCGACCGUCAAGCACUACCUGCAUGCCAAGCUUCCUCCCCUGCCUGUCCAUGAUGCUUCCAAGCGCAUGACGCGACUUUAUUUGGAUGACAGUGAUGACGAAUUGGAUGGAAAGGAGGGCGUUCCCGAACCACCACUGCCUGCUCCUCCGGCAUACGACACCGACAUGCUGCCCCGACUUUCAUUUGGCGCGUCACUGGGAAUAGCUUUAGGUUUGGACGUGUGA